AUGCAGCGAAUGCCCUUACUCAGGAAAGCAUCAUAUGGUGGCUCAUCGCCGACCACAGUCGACCUUUCGCGGUCAUCAUUCGAACAGGAAGGCUUAGGCAUUUAUGCGAAAUACGACAAGGCAGCAGUUGGGACCGAAACAACCUCAGGGAAAAGCCCCUCUGCUUUUUAUCGUCAAUCAACAAGUGCAAUGUCCCAAGCGUCCACAGCCAGCAGUUCAGCCAUGAAUAAGCCAGGCUCACAAUAUGUUCAUCCCAUGCGUCUCGCUCCACGUGCCUAUACACCACCGUUAAAUCAAUCGUGCCAAGCAUCCAUACUUGAGAGCGAUGAUUCUCCCAAGGAUCCAUUUGCGGGGAGCAAUUCCCCGACACACAAGACACCCCGACUAUCGCUACAGACUCAUGAUAGCUCUUCCACAAGGUCACCUGGGGUUUCUCAGACAAACAUAACCGGCCGUUCGUCUUUCGGAUACUCCCGAGACAACGGAAGCACCUUGGACACAACGUCUCCCGUAUCUAGGUCAUCUUUGGAUUUUGUUUUCCGAUCUAAGACGCGUACGAGCAUGGACCCUAUAGCUCGGGCGGCUACGGUACAAGCAGCACGUCAGGCUUUCGAAGAGAAGGAGGCAGCUAAAACAUGGAGGUUUGAGGCUCAACAGAUGAAGGCAGAGGAAAAGCAAACAAAGCAAAGGGGGAAGCAGCAUCUGCAGACAAGAUUCAGUGGUGAUGACGUAGAUCUGGAGGACGGACAAAAGGAGGUAUCUGACAAGCCGCAACCUUCAACUUCGCAGUCAGAAUCAUGUCCGGAGACCUGGAGAUCACAACCUAAAAAUACAUGGGUGCUCUUUUUAACGUGGUUACGAACUAGGAUCUUCAAAUUGCGAAGAAGGAUUCGAAGAUUAGCGUGAAGUUGAUCUAGGUAUGUGAUAUGAUCUUGUUUAUGAUUACAUAUACAAAGCACUGGGGCAUAUGUGCCAGUGGUGUACAGGGCUACUCCUACUCCCUACUAGUAAGAAUUCUAGGUUUCUCAAGUUAACGCAUGCUUCCGGGUUGCUCUGAUAAUCUCAUCCAUUCGCCUCAAACUCUCCUCCCGCUAUACUUAUAUAUAUAAAUGGGAAUUGAAAUGGAAAUGGAAAUGACACAACAUCAAAGAUAAAUAUAUAAAUGAUAGAAGAGAAUGCAAUGGAGGGAAAUAGGGAAAAAAUGAACUGUUGCGAGAAGGCAGCGGAACCCCAGCGAAGUUUGCCCAGCAUAAAUAAUAAU